AUGGCAAUUAUGUUUUUAUUGAAUGCUUUCACAGUUAGAGGUUACGGCGAGGCUGAGUAUUGGUUUGCAAUGAUCAAAGUAGUUACUGUGCUUGUCUUCCUGUUAAUUGGUAUUUUAGUGGAUACAGGUGCCGUAGGUAAACCUCGAAAAACAUACGGCUUCGAAAAUUGGAAAUUGGACAAAGCGCCCUUUGUUGGUGGAGUAGCUGGUAUAAUAACCACGUCGAUCAUUUCUGGUUUUGCUUUUCAAGGAACUGAAGCUGUAGGUAUCGCUGCUGGUGAGAGUGCUAAUCCAAAGCGGGAUGUGCCUCGUGCAAUGAACGGAACUAUAUGGCGUAUUGUUUUGUUCUUUGUUGGUGCCGUCUUCGUUAUGGGUCUUGUUAUCCCGUAUAAUGAUCCAAAUCUUGCUAAAAUAGGUGGUGUUGAUAAUAUUGCUGUAUCACCGUUCACAUUGGUAUUUAAAAAAUCUGGUAUCCCUGGAGCAGAGCAUAUUAUGAAUGCUGUCAUUCUUACAACGAUAUUGUCAGCUGGUAAUUCUGGUCUUUACUUAUGUACACGUAUUUUCUGGACAUUGGCUAUGGAAGGUAAAGCACCUCGUAUUUUUCGUCAUCUAAAUAAAGGUGGAAUUCCUAUUUGGUGUUUGGUGUUAACAACUGUUCUCGCAAGCUCUCUUUUUGGUCUCUCAUUCGUUGGAAACCAAGUCAUAUAUAUAUGGCUUGUCAAUAUGACUAGUGUGAUGGGUUUUAUUGCCUGGUUUGGAAUUGCUAUAUCACAUUGGCGAUUUCGUCGAGCAUAUAUUCUACAAGGUGAGCAAUUAAACAGUGAUGAAUCGCGUGGUCUCUUGUUGGCUAUUGACAAGAUGUGUGAAUUCUUACAUGGUGAAAAAGUAACUCUAUCGGAAAUUGUGGUCGUUGGGGAUCAAUCUGUGGGUAAAUCAUCUGUAUUGAAAGCCAUAUCUGGUAUUCAAUUGCCUCGUGCGCAAAAUAUUUGUACCCGCUGUCCACUAGAAUUACGGAUGAAAACAGUUCAAGAUAAAGAAUAUGCAACAAUACGUGGUAGUGUUGGUUUGACGUCGGAGACGCGUAUUGAUGAUUUGACAAAGAUUGCCGAUGAAGUCACUCGAUUAACAUCAGAAAUCGCCGGUCGUGGCUUAGGUUCAAUGGAACUUCAACUGGGCUGCGUUGCUGUUCUUAAUAGAAACCAACAUGAAAUUGAUCAGAAUAUUUCAUUCGAUGAGAUGAAAAAGCGAGAGGAGUUCUUUAUUAAACAUCAAGAAGCAUUUCAAAAUGUACCAGACGAAUUGAAAGGUAGUGAGCAAUUAGUUCAACAUCUGGCUACCAUUCAACAAGAACGCAUUCGUUCUACAUUUCCGCAUAUUAUCAAAGAAUUAAGAAAACAAAUAGCCGAAAAAAAGGCUCGACUGAAAAAGAUUCCGGCUUCUAUGAAUACCGAAAUUGAAUGUUGGACAAAUUUUCAAUCGAUGAUCAACGCCUAUCGCGAAAGCAUUCAUGAUAAUGUAAAAGGCGAGUACGAUCAGGUAGCAUCGAUGGAAGGUAAUGAAGUUCCUGCCACAUUCGGAGCUAUCGAAAUUCUUGCUAGCGAUGGCAUGGAUUCGGAUGUUGAAGAUGAUAUAUCCGAGAUAGAAGAAGAUCUAAUAACCGAUGAGAACGACGAAAAUCAUAUCGCCUAUCAUAUUUACCGCUUACAGCUUAAUUAUGCAUCCGUAUCCAAUGAAGCACAAGCUGCACAAGGCAUUCAGAUUGCGUUACAUGCUUACUCAAAGGUAGUGGAAAAACUAUUAUCAAUAAAAGAAAGUUCAUGCUAUGAAUUUCAACCAUCUCUUGGCCAACAAUAUAUUCAAUUUCCAACAAGUACAAAUAAUAGUUUAGCACAAGAACAUUUUAUUUUGGGUCUUGGUUAUUUGCAUAAUUUUUUGUAUUCAUUAGCAUUUGAACAAUUUCAACAAGCUUAUAGUAUUGAUUCAGAAUUUGCUAUGGCUUAUGUAUUUUCAUCUUUAACUAAUUCAGAACCAGUAUGGUUAAGCGAAAAUCCUGAAGAAGGUUGGAAACAAAUAAAACUAAUGAAUUCAAAAAUUCAUUUCGAAAACUUAACACAAAGAGAACAACUUUAUGUUAUAGCUGUAAGAAAAUUCUAUGAUCAAGGAAAUAUACAUUAUGAUGAUUAUAUUAAUGUUUUAAAACAAAUUUAUCAACGAUUUCCAACAGAUAAUGAAGCAGGUUUAUUUUUAGUUUGUAUUUUAUUUUCAAAAACUCAACCAGAAAUUCGUGGAUAUUUAAAACGUAAUCCAAAUGAUCGUCAAUUACAAAUAGAUAUUUUAAAAACAAUCUUAAAAAAUAAUCCAAAUCAUCCAGGUGCAUUACAUUAUUCUAUUCAUGUUUAUGAUGAACCACAAAGUGCUUUAUUUGUUCUAUCAAAUGCAAUAUAA